CAACCAGGAAACGACCGCAUCAACCACCACCGAUAUGAUAUAUCUCCUGCUAUUUGCCAUUUCCUCCACCUCCUCCGCCGCCGUCGUUAACAUUUUAAACACAACCAUCGAAUCAAUUCCAACCUUUGCAAAUUUAUAAGCCUUUCACAAUCAAGCCUUUUUACCUCUGAUAUAAGGCGAUCUGUUUGACGAUUGCAUCGAGCGAUUUUCUUUGGUCAAGAUUUAUGCGAUUUCUCCAGAUCUGAUUCCGUAUAGUUGGCAUUUGAUUUGAUCAAGAUUUUGUGUGCGAUGCAGUUGAUUGCUGAGUAAAUGUUGAAUGGUGCUAUUCAAAUCAGAUCUUUUGUAGCCAACUUUUCUCACACUUGCUUGAUGGACAAUGACCGUUCCAAUGAAUAACACUUUGGGUAAUUCGUCGAGGGAGCGUGCUCAACUUCUUUACAACAAGAAUGUUGAGUUGGAAAGUAAGCGUAGAAAAGCAGCACAAGUGAAAAUUCCAUCGGAUCCAAAUGCUUGGCAGCAGAUGCGGGAGAAUUAUGAGUCAAUUCUCCUUGAAGACCAUGCCUUCUCUGAACAACAUGACAUCGAAUAUGCUCUGUGGCAGUUGCAUUACAAGCGCAUUGAAGAGUUGCGUGCACACUAUAGUGCUGCUCAAGCUUCUGCAGCACAGAAUGGGAAAGGUCCUGCACGACCUGGACCUGACCGAAUCACCAAAAUCCGUUCCCAAUUUAAGACCUUCCUUUCAGAAGCCACAGGAUUUUAUCAUGAUUUGAUGGUAAAAAUUAGGGCGAAGUAUGGCUUAUCUCUGGGUUAUAUGUCGGAUGAUCCACAAAAUGAUAUUGCUUUGUCUAGCGAUGGAAACAAAUCUGUUGACAUGAAGAAAGGUUUGAUAUCAUGCCAUCGCUGUUUUAUAUACCUAGGGGACCUUGCUCGCUACAAAGGGCUGUAUGGAGAGGGUGAUUCAAAAACACGAGAUUUUGCUGCAGCAUCGAGCUAUUAUAAGCAAGCUGCUACACUUUGGCCUUCAAGUGGCAACCCUCAUCAUCAGCUUGCUAUCCUGGCUUCCUACUCUGGAGAUGAACUGUUGGCUGUUUAUCGUUAUUUUCGAAGUUUAGUAGUUGAUACCCCCUUUACCACCGCAAGAGACAAUUUGAUCAUUGCGUUUGAGAAGAAUCGUCAAAGUUACUGUCAGCUGCUUGGGGAUACAAAAGCUGCUCCAACCAAAAAGGCACCUGCCCGGAUGACUGGGAAAGGAAGAAACAAAGGUGAAACACGGGUGUCUCUAAAAGAUAGGAAAACAGAACCGAGUCUUGUUGAGGAAAGAGAACCUACCGUGCCUGAUGCUCUUAAAGCCUUCAGCAUUCGAUUUGUAAGACUAAACGGCAUUCUUUUUACUCGCACAAGCUUGGAGACUUUUGGGGAAGUCUUCUCUCUGGCACGUAACGAUUUUCUUCAGCUACUAUCUUCUGGAAGGGAUGAGGUGUUCAGCUUUGGUUCAGAUUUUGGCGACUGUAAACUCUUCAUAACUAGGUUCAUAGCAAUCAUGAUAUUCACCGUCUACAAUGUGAAUAAGGAUGCGGAGAAUCAGUCAUAUGCAGAGAUUCUUCAACGUUCUGUUGUGCUUCAGAAUGCGUUUGCUGCUAUAUUUGAUUUCAUGGCACUCAUAGUGGAGAGGUGCUUCCAACUGAAUGAUCCUUCUGCAAGCUUUUUGCUGCCUGGCAUCAUGAUUUUUGUUGAAUGGUUGGCCUGUUGUCAGGAUAUUGCCUUUACCAAUGAAAUGGAGGAGAAACAGGCGACAGCUAGAUCCCUGUUUUGGAACCAUUUUGUUUCUUUCCUUAACAAGAUAUUGUCAAGUGGGUCUGAGAUGGUUAAUGAGAGUGAAGAUGAAAUCUGUUUUUACAACAUGAGUAGGUACGAUGAAAGUGAAACAGCCAAUCGUCUUGCAUUGCCUGAGGACAUUGAAUUGAGGGGAUUUCUUCCUCUUGUCCCUGCUCAUCUCAUUCUCGAUUUUUCGAGGACACAUUUUGGAGGUGAUGGCGGAAAUAAAGAAAAGAAAGCACGAGUUCAACGGAUAGUAGCAGCUGGAAAGGCUCUUACAAUUGGAGUCCGGGUUGGACAGCAAGGAAUCUGCUUUGAUUCAAAAUCGAAGAGAUUUUUCUUUGGUGUUGAGCAGCACAAUGCCGAUAAUGUUUUACUCGGUAGCUCAAAGGAAAUUUCAGCUACAAACAGUAUGGGGCAAGAAAAUCAUCUGCGGAGUCCCUUGCAGCCACAUGGAGAAGGAGAAGAGGAAGAUGAGGUUAUUGUCUUCAAGCCGUCUGUGACUGAGAAGCAUAUGGAUGGGUUUCCUUCCAAACUGAUGUCCUCUGAGGUCAUUGGCAAUGGUGCUAAUUCCUCUAAGGUUGCUUCUAGAAGCAAUGGUGUUUCUGUCCCAAUAUCACAUGGUGGUUUUCCUUUGGAGCAACCUGCAUCUUCUGUCAAUGGAAAUAUGCAAUAUUUGCAACUUGCACAAACAAACACGUCAACAUGGAUGGCAGGAGGGGAAGAAUUCAUUGAAAAUGGCCUUUCCAGCCUCAACUUGUUGGGGACAGGAUUUCCCACAAGAUCCGAGAAGGAAAGAAGUUCAGGAAUGUUGCAGUCUACGUCUCUUUCAGUUGCUCCACCGCAGUCCGUUGGUUUUGGUUCUUGCCUUGAACAUUCGUUUCAGGAUCCUGCAACUGUGAUACCAUCCAAGUUUGAUUCCGUUAUGACUUCAGCACCUAGUUUUGACAGCAUUCCUUCAAAGACAAAAUCCAUUAAGCCAGGAGGCUGGAAUAAGAGUCCAGUGAGCCGACCUAUCAGGCACUUUGGUCCCCCGCCUGGCUUCAACACUUCUGCUCCUAAAUAUACAGAUGAGUCAUUAAGGCAUGAAAAUCCACCUAUGGAUGAUUAUAGCUGGCUAGAUGGCUACCAGUUACCUUAUUCGGCAUAUGGUGAUGGAUUUGGUAAUUCUUUUAAUUGCUUGCCACAACCAAACAAGCUUUUGAACACAAACAAGGCCUCGUUGGGGAUGGAAUGCUUUCCAUUCCCUGGUAAACAAGUUUCCACAGUGCAGGUUGACAUCGGAAAGCAGAAUGGAUGGCUUGAUUAUCAGAUUCCUGAGCAUUCGAGUCUUUACCAAGAACCACUACAGCAACUUAAAAAAGGUAAUGAACAGUUUGUUGCACUGCCUCAGCAAUAUCAAGGACAAUCACUGUGGGAAAGUCGUUUCUUUGUGUGAGAUGAUUAUGAAGCAUAGAUGGUUUUGAACAAUCUACUAAGGUGGAUGUCCAGUGGCCUGGUACGACCAGUUCAGCCAUCACAUAUGCCAUGUGGCUGAUGUUUAAAGCUUUUAAUGGAGCAUGGAUGGUAUUGGAUUAUUGCAGGCACCUGCUGCUGAAUAGGUGCCGAGUUUUCCAGAUUGGAUGAAAGUGAGAAAAAAGGCAGGAAAUGAAUCCUGGUGUGUUUUGGGUUUGGGAGAUGAAUGAGCAAGGGAAAGGGUAAGGGUGGUUGAACAAUACAUUACUACUAGUAGUGUAGCUUUUUAAGGUAUAUGUAUGUGAGUGAGUCUGAUGGAAAAGAAGGGAAUGUUAGAAAUCAAGGUGUGUGGUGUUGCUGCUGCUGCAAGUGUUGCUUUUUCUUUUUCUUUUUUAUGUGGGUUACUAUUUACUCUUACUGUUUUAGUUUAAAAAAAAGAGAUUUUAUUUGAUGGGAAAUGAAUAAAUAAAUA